AGGGAUCCGGGAUGAGCCUGCUGGUGCUGGGGCCCGCGGGCGGAGGGAAGACGCUGCUGGUGAAGCGACUGCAGAAGCUGACCUCUGGAGAGACAAAGGGAGACCUUGGAGAUCCACCCCCAACGCAGCCCACGGUGGGCACGAACCUCACCGACCUGAUGGUCCGGAGGAAGAUGGUGGUCAGGGAGCUGGGUGGUCGUAUGGCCCCGAUCUGGUCCAGCUACUACGGAGACGCCCGUGCCAUCAUGUUCGUCAUGGAUGCUUCCGACCCCACUCAGCUGUCGUCGUCCUGCGCCCAGCUCCUCGGCGUCCUCUCCGCGGAGCAGCUGGCCACGGUGCCCGUCCUCGUCCUCUUCAACAAGAUCGACCUGCCCUGUUACAUGAGCCCGGAGGAGAUGAAGGGCCUGCUCCGCCUCCCGGACAUCAUCGCCCGCGCCAGCCAGCCCAUCGCCAUCGCCCACGUCAGCGCCCGGGAUGGCACCGGCCUCCCCCAAGUCCUCCGCUGGCUCCGGGACCCCCGCCUCCCCCAAUCCCACCCACCCAAUUAGGCUCCGGGCGGGAAGGAAGGCCCGCAUCCCAAGGGGUGACGAUGAUGAGUUAUUAUUAAUAACGAACAAUAAUGAUAACGACGGUGGUUGGGAUGUUAAUAAUCAUAACGACAGUUGCGGCGUUUGUGGCUCGGUGGCAAGAACCCGGGCUUGGGAGUCAGAGGACGUGGGUUCUAAUCCUGGC